CUAGAUACAUAUGUAUAAUUUACUUACAACAGGCUUGCCGUGAGGUUUUUGAGCCCCCGAAUGAAACUGGAUCCGCAAACACCGAUAGUAAAUUGGUGGAUGAGACAUGUGGGGAACGAAAUGCUGAUGUGCUGCAAUGCAUUCACAAUCGCACGGAUAUGACCCCGCCUGUAGACAUUGAGAAAUACUUGCCAUGCUGUGCGUUCAGUCACGAGGAGAAGUGCCACCAAACAUGCACGAAUGUGCUACAUGCAUCCAAGUUGAAGCAAAGAGCCGAGCGCAGUGACGUGGUCUUUGCGCGCCUUGAGGCAGGCUGCGGACUCCCGAUGCCCCAUCUGCCCUUUUGGCAAUGCUUCCUGACGGUGACUCGCAAAUUGUAUGUGCCCUCGCAGGAGGGGCGAACGAGGCAGUGGCGCCCUGAGCUGUCCUCCCAGGGCGUUGACAACGAGGACCCUAACAAACUGGGCAUCGAUGCAGCCAAGCGUCAGUGUUGCGAGCAUGCCAGCAGCCACAAGUGCCGCCGCCUGUGCACCCAGAUAUUCACCAACGAUUGGUGGGAGACACGCGCGAGCUUCGACACCGAGUGCUUGGAGCAGCCCGCUGAGAUGGAUCUAAGGCGCUGCAUUGAGAGCGUAGACGCGCCCUGUGAGCUGGGCUGUCGUGGACUGAGUUUUUGCAGCAAUUUCAAUAAUCGGCCAACUCAGCUGUUUCGCAGCUGUUCGCCCGCGCAUGAUUCGGCCGCCCGGGAAGAUUUCUCACUGUUGCAGCAGCGCGGCUUCAUUCGUGUCUUGGGUCAGGAGCUUUACAUAAAGAACACAACGCGCUGCGCCCCUGACAAAUGGCAAGCGCUGGUCUGCGCCUUACAGUUGCAGCCUUGCACCCGGGUCGGUCUGUACAAUGGGAUUUGCAGAGAGGAUUGCACGGAGCUACUGGACGAGUGCCUGGAUUGGACUAGACAGCCGCAGCGGCCUCAAGCGAUUUGCGACCGACUGCAGCCGCCCUCAGGGAUGGAUGACGGAGAAGACCCAAUGCCGUGCAUAUCACUACGGGGUUAUCUGAAAGAGAACGAUCCAGCUGAAGUGCGGAACGAGGGAUCGGGCAGGAUGGAUUUGGCCGUCAAUUCUCCCUGCACCUUUAAGCCCUGUAAUGCCAGCGAGGUGUGUGUGCCCCAGCGAAACGGUAGCCAGGGGUAUUCCUGUGUUCCGGGCUGCAGCCUGGGACAGGCCUCUACUCUCAACGUGCCAUUUGGGGCAUACGUCCGGGUUCGCAAAAUAAGCAGCCCCCGCAGUGGUAUUGGGCUGGCGAGUAAUCAGUUGCUGAGUGUGGAGCAUGUAGUGUGCCGUUGUGGCAUUCGUGGCAACGUGGAUCAGUGUCAGCCGCUGCCCAGCUACACCCAUGUGCACUGUGUGCUGCCUGGUGGGCGAAGCUUUCGCCACGGCUCAUCCUUUUAUCUAGAGUGUAAUCUGUGCAGCUGCUUUGCCGGUGAAAUAACAUGCACCAAGCAGCAGUGCCGCCUGCCAGGCUAUGUGGAUGUGAACUACACCAGCUUGCCGUGCAACUGUCCUGCCCACUACGUGCCCGUCUGUGGGGCCAAUGGCAACACCUAUCCAUCGGCUUGUGUGGCUAAGUGCCUGGGCUUGCCCGAGAACGGUUUUGUGUACGGAGCCUGUAAUGCCCGAAAUGCCUGCCAGUCAGGGUCUACUAGCUGUCCGUCCGGCACUCAGUGUCUGGAGAAGCGUCAAGUUUGCCUUUCCAGCAUGCAGAGGCCGUGUCCACAAUAUAUUUGCGUGAAUGUCUCGUCUUCUGGAUGUGGGAUUCAGCACCGGCAACAGCUGUGCGAUACGGCGGGUAAGACUCACCCGAACGCCUGCUCCCUGCUGCAGGGUCACUCUCAGCUAGCCUAUUGGGGUGCAUGUCGGCCGGAGUACGAGGCGAGAAAUGAGUUGUCUGAGCUAGUCUGCGGCACUAACGGAGUAACCUAUCGGAGUAGCUUUGCUGCUUUGGCCGACUUUGUGACUGUCGACUACGUGGGUCGCUGCCGUGAGGUGGGACUGCUUGUCAGCGACAUGGGACGGCGCUGCAAGACGGUGCAAUGCCCAAACCUUCCCUCUAAGCAUUGCCUACAGAUAGUGCCACCUGGGGCUUGCUGCCCGAUCUGUGGCGGCGCCGCAUUUCGGAUCAUAUACUCCCGCAAGCAACUGGACCGAGCCUAUUAUGCACUUCGUGGCCAGCACAGCUCUCUGCUGACUUUACAUGGCAUUCUGCAGGAGAUCGAUCACUUGGUUCAAGUCAGCGACUGUCAGCUGACCGGCUUUCUCACCAUCGAGGUGGGCAUCUUUGUGGCGCUCGUCCCUCGUGGCCCUCCAACCUUACUGCAGGCAAAAGUGUGCGCUACAGAAGCGGAGAAAAUUUCGGCCUUGAUUAGCUCGCAAUCCCCACGGAUUACAACGAAUCUUGCGCUGUCCGCCCUGACCGUUUCCCAUAUGCUGGAACCCACUGUAAAUGGCGGCGCGUUAAUGCCAUCGCAAAGAAUUAGCAUAUUGCUAAUUGGACUUUUGAUCAGCCGCUAUAUAUAUAUUUAAGUGUAUUUUUAGAUAAUCAUACGGUCUUACAAAUCAAGUGAAUUCUUGGUGCCAAACAUCUAGCAGUUAAGUUAGGAACCCCCAUCGUGCCUUUAGCAGGUAGGGAUUGACCCUCUUUAUAAUGUGAUAUUAGCAAAAUUACUUGUUGAAAUAUACGGCGACUCACAUUGAAGACAUGGAUACGAGUAUUAAAUAUUGAACACUUGUAAGUUUCAAUUAUACCGACCAAAGCAGCGUUAUUUACCUAUUAUUAUAGCUAAUCAAUCUAAUGUAAUGUAUUGUACUAAAGUUAAUAUGGUUUAUAAAGCACGCCACAUAUGUA